AUGGCAGUUCAAGCUCGGAACCCAUCAAAUUUUCUUAACGCAAAACAAGGAAACAGCUCACCUGGGAACGAUUAUCCAUGGCAACCAUCUGAAUCUGGACGAGAAUUUCUUGAUAACACGCCCAUGUUCUUCCAUGGGACUAAUAAUCCAAGAAAGAGAGGUAGAGAUCCUCAGCCUUUUUCAUCUGAAUUCGAUACCGGCCUUCACUUAUCCUCUGGAAGCCAAAAACAAUUGCGAAGCUCACAAUCGGUUAAUUCUUGUUCAAUAAUGGCACAAAACUUGUCUCACCAUAUCAAACAACAGCGCAAUGAACUCCAGAAUCUCCUUCAAGCACAGGGGGAGGAAUUGAGGCGCACGUUAGGAGAAAAAAGGAAGAGGCACUACAGUGCGCUGCUGCAGGCAGCGGCGGACUCGGCAGCGCAAAGGCUGAGAGAGAAAGAGACGGAACUGGAGAAGGCGGCGCAGCUAAACUCCGUCCUGGAAGGGCGGGCGGCGCAGCUAAAUGCUGAAGUGCAAACGUGGCAGGCUAGGGCGAGGGAGCAGGAGGUCACGGCGGCGAUGCUACAGGCGCAGCUGCAACAGGCUGUGAAGGGGUGCAGUGCACAUCAGGUACAGAUGGAUGCAGGAAACGAGGUAGGAUGCACCGUGGGUGAUGUGGACGAUGCAGAAUCGCUGUACAUUGACCCGGACCGAGUUGUUGAGUUGACUGGGCCGAGUUGCAAGAGAUGCCGGUGGCGUGACGCCUCGGUGGUGGUGUUGCCUUGUCGGCAUUUUUGUUUAUGCAGAGAGUGUGACAGUGUGGCCCAACUUUGCCCAAUUUGCUACUCCUACAGAAGUUCAAGUGUUGAGGCCCUGCUUUCCUAA